CUUUAUCCAACUCCAUCUUCUCUUUCUAUACUCUACCUACUGCCCUUGACGCUGUCUUCUCAUCGGCCUUUAUUUCACUUCGCCCAAUCCCUUCUCACUUAUCUACUCCCCAGUCUACGCAGUCCUUCCCUCACCAUGUCAGAACGAAAAGUGCUUACAAAGUACUACCCACCCGACUUUGACCCUUCAAAGAUCGGUCGCACUCCAAAACACCUACGACCUACAGGUCCGAAGACUAUUCCUGUUCGACUGAUGGCUCCUUUCAGUAUGAAGUGUACCUCUUGCGGCGAGUACAUCUACAAAGGCCGCAAGUUCAACGCUCGAAAAGAAACGACUGACGAAAAAUAUCUCAACAUCACCAUCUACCGCUUCUACAUUCGAUGUACACGCUGCAGCUCCGAAAUUACGUUCAAGACCGAUCCAAAGAACAUGGACUACACCUGCGAAAGAGGAGCUAAGCGAAACUUCGAAUCGUGGCGAAACCCGGAGAGCACAGAGUUGAAAGAAACAGAUGAAGAGCGGCUGGACAGGCUCGAGAGGGAAGAAGCCGAGGAGGCAGAGAACGCCGAAAGAAAUGCCAUGGAGGAGCUUGAAGAGAAAAUGGAAGAGAGCAAGCGUGAAAUGCAGGUCGCUGAUGCCUUGGAUGAAAUCAUGCAAAGAAACGCCCGAAUCGAGAGAGGAGAGAAAGGGAGCAAAGAAGAAGAUAUUCUCGUUCAGGUUCGGGAUCUGGCGCGAGAGCAGAGAGAAGCGCAGGAGCGAGAGGAUGCUGAAGCUGCCCGCUUAGCUUUCGAAAGUACCAAAGUUGCUCAGGCCCGACUAGAGCAAGCGACCGAGGCCCAGGCACAGAAUUCGAAACAGAUCGACGAAGAUGCUACGCCGCAGCCUCCACCUUCAUUCGAAAAGGUUAAAAAAGCAAAGAAGCCUUUAGUACCUGGACUCGUACGAAAGACCCAGCCAACGGCGGCGGCAGCAGCAGCAGCAGCAGCAGCAUCACCAGUUCCCACGACAACAACAGCGUCGACAAAACCUAUUGGCUUGAAUUUAGGUGACUAUGAUUCGGAUGAUGAUUGAUCCAGCUUCAAUUGUUCGCAGGGAUUAUCCGUGUAUCUUCGUUCUGAUCUGAAACUAUUCGGUAAUACAGCAACACGACUAUUGAUUUCGAUGCCACCUUGGCAGCCGCAGAGAAGCUUUUGGCUGUGAAUGAACAUUAGCUCUUCCAGAAUGCUGUACUCAGCGUGGUGUAACGGAGAGGGUCUAGGUGGAAGAUCAUAACUAAGUCACCAUUGGCCAUUUUGACCGAGCUGAAGGAAUGUGCUGGAACUCAGUCCCCAUUCACAAUCGUGCCUCCGACUUGUCUCUCCUACGGUCAACAGCGCCUUGCGGAAGAUUCAAGCGAACUUGCAAAAAGGAUGAUUCCAUCUACAACAAGGACAAUUUGGUAAGCCUAAUUGUCAAUCGAAAUCGAUGCUGCCCGAGAACAUCCACCGCUCGGCCGAUGCGGCUAUUGCAGCGCAGGAUCGACUCCGUAUCAUCUGGCCUCUCGUCACAGUAUCGGCACGUGCUGCUAAACACGUGCAGUCUGAUUCUUAUGUGUGUGGACGAGACUAAAAGGCAUGUAUGCAUAUGGGAGUGCAGCAUGAUCUUCAGCACAGAACAUGAAGCGCGAUAGAAGAGGAUCAGCACAAUGGGUGAAUGAGCCUGUUUAGGGACUUGUUGGAGGGAAAUGUCUGAACGCGGUUUUGAUUGGACAGAUAAAUCAGAUAUGCGCCGAACUAGAGCGUUUCGAAUUAGUCGCUUGUAAUUGCUCUAAUGUCCUCUUCUCUCA